AUGAGCUCCCACCUGGAACCAUCUGGUGUAAAUGGCAGAAUUGGUGGUUGUGGAAGUGAGGAUUCUGGUGAAGAAAACAGCAACAACAAGACUUAUACCCCGUAUUUGAAACCAGUGAGACCUGGGCUAACAAGGGCAGAUCCAGCCGGAGAGGGGGGAUCGGGCAGUGUGGAGGCACUGGUGAGACCUCCCCUGCCAGGGAAGAAAGCCCACAGGAAGACCUGCUCCAAGGAAAGAGGAAGAUGUAGAGAAGGAAACCAAGACAGUGAUGAGGAGAGACAUCAUGUUGAACAUGCAGGAGGCAGCGCAAGAGGAAAACAACAUCCGAGAAAGACUGUAAGAAGUGAUAAUCAUGGAGAUAGAUCGCAGGACAGACGAGGAACAAGCAGCACUGAAAGUCUGUCGAGCAGUAAUUCAGAUAUCCUGUCAAACAGCACUUCGGAAGUUUGUGAAGGAUCAAAUCACUUCCAGAGAAGAUACCAAUGUCCCAGACAUCCCACUGUUGACUGCACCAGGACCAUCACCACAGAUUUGAACUCCCUAGUCCCUCGGCCGGUAAUGAGGCUCAUGUCUUCUGCUCUCCCUUCGCCUCCUAUCCAAACCAGAUCCUCAGCUAUGUCCCUUCAGAGACUUUCAUCCAGGACAGUGUCAGGAGACCUCCUCCGCUACCCAUUAAGUUCAUCAAGAGAGCCAGAUCCGUUCUGGGUGGAGGUCAGGACAGCUGCUUCAUCUGGACGACUGUCACAAAUACCCCAGACACACAUCGCCAGUUCAGUGCUCGGGGCAGGUGAAGGAGAGGAGGAUGAUGAAGAGGAGGGUUUGGAAGAUGGCGAGGAAGGAGGCAGUGGUGUGGUGGAGGUGACGGGUCAAACCAUGACCUCUGCAGUGGUGCUGCCUUAUGUUCCUUUUGGGGAGAGGAGGAUGAGUAAAAGAGAGAAGAACAGGAUUAAGUGUCUGAGAAGGAGGCAGAGGAGAAGAGAGAGGUGGAGACAAAGUCAACUGCAGGAGAGCAGACAGAGUUCAACAGGGAACCCAUCCAGCAGUAGCAGCGAGGACGAGGAGGAUGUGAGCGCCGGUGACAGAGAAGGUUUCAUCUGCGCCGUUUGUUUGGAUGUGUUCUUCAGUCCUUACAUGUGUCACCCCUGCAACCAUGUCUUCUGUGAACCCUGUCUGAGGACGCUAGCUAAGGGCAGCCCCACCAACACACCCUGCCCCCUCUGCAGAACAAUCAUCACACAUGUCUUCUUCCAGAAGGAGUUAAACCAAACCGCAAGAACAUUCUUCCCAAAGGAAUAUCUUUCCCGGAAACAGAACUUCCAGAAAGCAAAUUGUGCCAAGUGGCCUCUCCCGAGCUGCCGAAAACUCUUCCGUAUCUUUGGAGGCUUCCAGAGGCAGUCCAGUCCCAUAGCUAGACGCCAGUUCCCCCACGGAGGAGGCUACCGCCUGGAUGCUCUGGACUUUGAGGAUGACUCUCGAGGCUGGCGCUUUGACAUGGACAUGGUCAUCAUUUAUAUUUACUCAGUCAACUGGGUUAUUGGCUUCUUCAUAUUCUGCUUUCUUUGCUACAUCUUCUUCCCUUCCUUUUGACAGUCCUGGCAACAAUGACGGAGAAACAUCGAAAAAGGAAAGGUUGAGGACACUGAAGAAUGAUCAUACAAUAAGGAAUUUAGGAUGAGACAGAAGACAGGCAUGUUCACAUAGGGAGAAAGGGUCAAACUGAGGGAUAGGGUUUAAUGAGAAAACAAUGAGGGAAUGUCAAGCAGGUGGGAUGUCACUGUGGAGGAAAAACAGCAGUGUGCCAGCUUGUUGUGUCUCAUAAAUAAAUGAUUAAAAUAGGGAAAUGGUGCGGGGAUGUUUGGGAAUCCUAUAUUCUCCAUUGUGUCCUGUUCCUGCUUGAAGGGGAGAUAAUAACAGUGUAACAUCACAUCAGUUUUACUUUCAACAUAAUGACAUACGUUCUGUUAGUGCUUACAUUUUUGAUAAGCAACACAACAAUAAUAAUAAUAAAUGAUAUUUAUAUAGCGCCUUUCAAGGGACCCAAGGUCGCUGAAUAAGGUCAAUAAGCAUCCAUCUGGAGGGAAUAUUGUUGUCAAUUUAAAGUCAAUUUAUUUUGUAGCAGAUAUAGUUUAAACAAACACAUACAGGUAUAACCGUUUAAGUGAUUAUACAUUUGAAAUGAAAUCAUGUGUAAGAGCCAAAUAAAUGAUUUUAUUCCUGACACAUUUUAUGUCUUUAAUUGUCAUUAUACUUACUAACAAAAUAAUAUUUAAUAUUUAAAUAGACAGAAAUAUCACACUGUACAUUUCCUGUCUCACUCGAAAUGCAUGCGUGUCUCUUUCUGUCUGUGUGUUAAUGCUGUGUGCCUGUGGGUGUAUUUCACUUACAUAGAUGGAUUUUGAAAGUAUUUUUCUGCAUUCACAAUUAAAUAGUAAUGCAGGUUUGGAAAGAACACUCACCAUACACUGAAAUGGACUCGUAAUUUAUUCAGAUUAUCUACCGCAUACUUUCCUCUUUGUGGUUGUAAAAAGCAAGGAAAUGCAAAUGGCACUGCUGAAAGCUGCCAAUGGAUUCAGGAACAUUUAUAGCAGACAGAAAAUAAGAAUGUCGAAAGAGUAUUGUUUGUGUGACACUGAGCAUAGUUUUUAUGACAAUGUGCUCCAUCUGUAUGUGCAUUUAAGCAGCUUAUUUCAGAAUGACAUAAUACUUUUUGUGAUAUGUAUUUGUCUGCCUGUCAAGUUUCACAUGAAUUAAUUGAAUUUGAUUUAAGAUUAUUCUUGGUCAGGAAGAAAACAUAUAAGUGCAACAAGCAACG